AUGUCUUACAAGAUCGCAUUCGCAUUGGUUAUGCUCGGCGUGGCGCAGGCAGCGGUGCUCAGGACUUCAGCACCUGUUGCUGUGGCACCCGCACCCGUGGUGGCCAAGACCGUUGAGCUGGAGGAGAUUGAUCCGCAUCCUCAAUACUCGUACAGCUACGACGUACAGGACAACCUCUCCGGCGAUUCUAAGGGUCACGUGGAGGAGCGCGAUGGGGAUGUGGUCCGUGGCGAAUACUCCCUGAUCGAUGCCGAUGGCUUCAAGCGCACCGUCACCUACACCGCCGAUUCCAUCAAUGGCUUCAAUGCCAUCGUUCGCCGUGAACCUAUCGUUGCCGUUGCUGAGCCUGUGGUAAACGCUGCUCCAGUUGCUGUUGCCGCUCCUCUGGUUCGAUCGGCUCCAGUUGCUGUUGCCGCUCCUCUAGCUCGCGCUGCUCCAGUUGCCGUUGCCGCUCCUCUGGUUCGAUCAGCUCCAGUUGCUGUUGCUGCUCCCUUCGUGCGCUCUGCUCCCCUUGUAGCUGGUCUGGCAUCUCCCCUAAGAACAGCAGCAGUUGCAGCUCCUCUGAGAUACACAGCUCCAGCUUAUGCCGUUCGUAACUUGUAA